AACACUAAACUAAAAAAAACUUUAAAAAUGACAACAUAUAAAUUUCAACGAUUCGUUUCGGUGAUUAGUCUGAAGCUGAGCGAAUAGACAAGCAGAGCGCAAAUUUUUCUUAGAACGUGAUAUUAUUAACUAAAAAUGUUGAAAAUAUUUUUUAUAUUGGCAUUUAGUCAAAUUAGUUGGUGCUCGAAAUUCCAAUCAUCAAAGAUUCCACAGUGCCAUGUGGGAGACACAAAUUGCAUAAAAGAAAUAACAAAUCUUGUUUUGUCACAAUUCUACGGAGGUGAACCCAAUGUAGCUCUAUCUCAGUUGGAUCCGUUGAAAAUACAGCGCAUGGGAAUUAAACAAGGAGGAAAUUCACCUGUUAAUAUUGACCUGACGUUCGAAAACGUUGAAUUGCAUGGAUUAAAAAAUUUUGUGUGCUAUUCCGUUAAAGGUUUUGGCGAAGAUCCAAGGGGUCAGUAUGAAAUGAAAUUAAGAGGCCCAUAUUUCAUUUUGAAGGGACCCUAUAAUAUCAAGGGUCAAAUAUUAGUGCUUCCCAUUCAAGGUCGAGGUGUUUCUAAUUUUACACUUUUAAACCCGGAAUUGCACGUUAUUUGGACUGGAAAAACGAAGAAAAAGAAUGGAAAAACACAUUUAUAUACAGAUGACCUGAAGAUGACUUUUAAGAUUACAAGAAUGCAGGCUUAUUUCGGAAAUUUAUUCGGAGGUAAUCCAGCCUUAGGUGAAGGUACAAAUCGAUUUUUAAACGAAAAUUGGCAAGACAUUUUCAAUGAAAUCAAGGAGUCAAUAUUUGACGCAUUUUCUCUCAUUAUUCAAACUCAUUUGAACAAUAUGUGGGCGCAUCAUAACUAUCUUCAAAUGUUCAAACAACUUUAAAAAUUAAACAAAGCUCCAAAAUAAAAUCUCAAGAUUUUAAGAAGACAAAUAAAUAUAGACAAAUUUGAAUUGAUACCUUAAAUGUGAAAAAGUAAUACUUAAUCAGAUAGAGCAUACGUCAAGUAUUCGAUGUAGUGACCCAAUGAGAUAAUAAACAUAAUCUCUAAGAUUCAAUUUAAUAUUUCGAAAAGACGAAUUUAAUCAUAAAUUUAAUAAACAAGUUAACAUCAUAAAGUUCAUUUAAGAAGGGAAGAUGGGGUGUAACGAUACACUUUUUGGUUUUGAUCAAAUUGUCAGCCAAAUUAAAAAAUAUAGGAAAAAUGCUUGAAAGUGAAUAAAAAAUUACACAUUUCUGCAUCGUUAAA